UCCCUGUUCUCUGACAUUCAUGCUGUCUCUUGGGUUCCACUUUGCAGACUGUUGAGCCUGGUUCAUGCAUGCCUGCUGGUUUUGAGUGGCAUCGACCCUCUUAAAUGAGUCUUCUUUUUGAAGUCUGGAGCCCUAUAUGGAUGAAAACUUUGUUUCAAGAGCCUUUGCUACCAUGGGAGAGCUUGUACUGAGUGUAAAAAUCAUUCGAAACAGGUUGACAGGAAUUCCAGCAGGCUAUUGCUUUGUAGAAUUUGCAGAUCUAGCUACUGCAGAAAAAUGUUUACACAAAAUCAAUGGAAAACCACUUCCUGGUGCAACACCGGCAAAGCGAUUUAAAUUGAAUUAUGCAACGUAUGGAAAACAGCCUGAUAACAGUCCAGAAUAUUCACUUUUUGUGGGAGACCUGACUCCUGAUGUGGAUGAUGGCAUGUUAUAUGAAUUUUUUGUUAAAGUUUAUCCAUCAUGUAGAGGUGGAAAAGUUGUUUUGGACCAGGCAGGAGUAUCCAAAGGUUAUGGGUUCGUGAAAUUCACGGAUGAACUGGAACAGAAAAGAGCACUGACAGAGUGUCAAGGAGCUGUGGGGUUGGGCUCCAAACCCGUACGCUUGAGUGUGGCUAUACCAAAAGCUAAUCGUGUGAAACCAGUGGAGUACAAUCAGAUGUACAACUAUAAUUAUAACCAGUAUUAUCAACAGUAUCACAAUUACUAUGCCCAGUGGGGCUAUGACCACAACACGGGCAGUUACAGCUACAGUUAUCCCCAGUAUGGAUACACGCAGAGCACAAUGCAGACAUAUGAAGAAGUUGGGGAGGAUGCGUUGGAAGAUCCGACGCCUCAGUUGGAUGUCCACGAAGCAAAUAAGCAGUUUAUGGAACAGAGUGAAGAGCUCUACGAUGCCUUGAUGGACUGUCACUGGCAGCCUUUGGACACUGUCUCCUCAGAGAUUCCGGCCGUGUUAUAGCCUCGUUGCUGAGGCCCUGUGUGUGUGACAAACCCGCCAACGCACUCGGGGCUGCUCCGCUGCGCCUGGACCCUGCAGCAGUUUGGGGUGGCCCUUUUGCCACCCAGCUCGGUUCCUCGAAGCGCAGGAGGACUGGGGCGUCUCCUGUACGCAAUGAGUAUCAUAGGAGCAUCAUGGUAACUUUGAUUCAUGGUGGAAGUUAGAACUGCGACAGUUUUAUUCCUUUUGUCUUGAAAUGAACUCUUAACACUCCUUGGGAAUUGUAAUUUAUAAACUUUCAACAAGAUGGCACAGGGGAAAGACUCUACUCCAACGUACAAUAAAAAAGUUGGUCUUUUGAGUAAAGUUAAAGCAUUUUGGUUGCUGCCCAUCUCUCUGUUUUCCUGUCCAUUUAACUGUCUUCAGUCAUUUGAUCCAACUCUCGUAAAUGUUUUUUUUUUUUAAAGUCCAUGUCAGAUACCACUAGAACGUCUCAAAGGCUUUCUAGUGACYGGGUGAGGUUGCUGUAACUUGAGCAUGGGAAUCACAUAGAUAAAAGCUUAUGUUUACUUAAUCUAAGCUGUGAUCUUGAGCUACCAAGUUUAUAGCU